CGUAAACUGCAAGACGCUCUUCUCUGGGUUGACCGGGGCCAGGGCAGACCCUAUGACCGGGGCUAGUCCCAUAGUCGCUUCCUGAUUUACAAACGCCCUACCUGCUUCAAGGGUUAUCUAAAGAAUGCAUAAACUACAAACGAGGGCCUUGUUGCCAACACACUGCUCUUGCGCGUGCGAUUUCCACCGUUUCGACCUUAUAGAACCUGGCACUGUAACUUUAGACUGAGCUCUUGCUAAUAUCAUGCUGUGAGCAUAACGGGUAAAUAGGGGCUAGCCGGCUGCACGGCCACCGUGACCCCUUGUCCGUGCCGCGCCGGUCAGGAACUGAGUGUACCGCGGGCGGUGUGCCUCCACCAGGGACAAGUUGAGCGAGGACGUCGGGUGUUGGCGACGGCGGCGCUGCUGCGAUAAACCUGCCGCCGCCCUCGUCCGCGUCCUCAUCCCGUGAUGACGCGGGGGCAGAUGGCACGCACCUGCAGGUGCACCCGGCGCGUGUGGCCACGGCAUUUCAGGCUGCCGGCCGACUAUCGCUGGCAGCGGUGGCUGAUGGCGCCGCAACGCCCGCCCAGACGCUGGGUGCGCAGCGCCCGCAGGCUGACGAGGGCUGGUGGCGAGGCAGGCUUGCGACUGGUACCAACGCCAGCGCCAGCGCGCUUGGCGGCGCCAGCAGAUGCAGCAGCAGCAUGACGGCGAGCCGCCUUGGAGUCAUGAGAAGGGGCGAUUGCGACGGCAGCUACGGCUUGGCGUUGAAGUGAAGGGUGCCGCCGUGGAGCGCCGGGGCACCGCCCGCUCGCUGUGACGCACAGCGCGGCGCUGCACAGUGAGCAGCAGGCGGCAAGGGGCGAGACCGGGUCGUCAAGACGAUGAUUCAGACGCCAGCCGGGAUGCUGCCCCGGUCCUCAUCAUCGGGUCAUCGGUCCGCAUCAUGCGGCUCUGGCCCAAGGCCAACGCUUCCGUGCAGCUGCAACAGCGCGAGCGGCUGGUGUGGGAGCUGGUCAGCUGCAACUGCGGUCGCUGUGGUGUGUCAUCGAGGCCAUGCCUUAUAAGGUUAUCAUGGGUGCCCUGCAGGCUUUGGGCAGUCGCCGCUGCGCGCCCGCGGCGGUGGCUGCCGUCACGGACCGCUGCCUCGGGCUCCGCCGCGGCGCCGCCUGUGGCCUAGAGGCAGUGUCUGCGGCUACUGCCGGCAGCAGCAGCAGCAGCAGCAACAUCAGAGCCACUGAACAGUGGCGGCCCUUGAUGGAGGAGCAACCACUGGCGCUGGCCGCUGUGGUCUUUCUCAAGGGCCCUCUGGCGGCGCUGUCUGAGCUGCCGCCGGCGCAGCUGGCGGCGGACGUCACCGCACUGCUGCGGCCGCAGGCCGACGUGGGCGCGGCGGCGGGAGGGGGGCGCGGCGGCAGCCGAUAAGUAACAAGCAAGGGCGGAGCCAGGCGCAGGGCCAGUGGCACUGGUAGCUAACGCCGGGCCCGCAGUAACAGCAUCUUGCGGGUGCUGCAGGAUUGCGGAUUGUGGACCAAAACGUGAGAACCGCGUGCGCAAUGUGCAUGUGCAAACCGGUAUGCGUAGGAAUGCGUGUAAAGGUGUGUAGGUGUGUGUUGUAGAUCAAGCACUGCACCUCACUCGAGGUCCAUGUCCGGUGUAAAGGUGGGGGUCGUGUGCUGCGGGGUCAUCAACAUCUCGG